AUCUAUAAUACGUUGCCGCUCAAUAUAAUCUGGUCGUAGUAAAAGAAUUUGCGCACACGUUACUUUUGGGAAACAGAGGUGAUGUGAACGCUGAGAUUUAAAUUUUUUUAUAGAUUCUCAUUUAUUAAUAUUUUAAUUUAUAAACGAUGUUGAAAAUUAGGAGGUUACCUGUACGUGCAGCUUUGGGGCGGAAAUAUUUUGGCACACAGAAAACCAUAGCCAUACGUCGUGAAGAUCAGAGCGUAUGGGAAAGAAGGGCACCAUUUUCUCCGCUCCAUGUCAGAAAAUUGGUGAAGAAUGGCGUGCGAGUUAUCGUACAGCCAAGUAACAGAAGAGCCUAUCCGAUGCAAGCGUACUUAAAUGCAGGAGCAAUCAUUCAAGAAGACAUUUCCGAAGCAAGCAUCAUAUUCGGUGUCAAGCAGGUUCCUAUCGAUCAGUUGAUUCCCAAUAGAACGUUUUGCUUUUUUUCUCACACGAUUAAGGCGCAAGAAAGUAAUAUGCCACUUUUGGAUGCAAUUUUGGAACAAAACAUUCGGCUUUUGGAUUAUGAGAAAUUGGUAGACAAGAAAGGACAGCGUGUCGUUGCAUUCGGGAAGAUGGCAGGAGUGGCCGGAACGAUCAACAUACUUCAUGGACUAGGCCUUCGUCUUUUGGCGCUCGGCCAUCACACACCCUUCAUGCACAUUGGACCUCCACACAAUUACCGAAACUCCAGUAUGGCAAGGCAAGCGGUACGUGAUGCUGGAUACGAAGUUUCUCUAGGAUUAAUGCCAAAAUCUGUCGGUCCACUGACCUUUGUUUUUACCGGUUCUGGUAAUGUCUCCCAAGGUUCCCAAGAGGUAUUCCAAGAACUCCCACACGAAUACGUUCCACCGGAGUUAUUGCAAAAAGCGGCGGAACAUGGUAACCCAAAUAAAGUGUACGGCUGUGAAGUUAGAAGGCGACACUACUUAGAACGUAUAGGAGGGGGAAAAUUUGAUCAUGUGGAGUAUGAAGAACACCCCGAAAGGUAUGUCUCAACCUUUAGUAAGAAAAUUGCUCCGUACGCCUCUGUGAUCAUAAAUGGUAUUUAUUGGGCGGUGGAUAGUCCAAAGCUGCUAACAAUCCCAGAUGCUAAAGUCUUACUACGUCCCGCUUACACACCGUGGUUACCCACUUCAAUGGGGGCGCCAGCUUUGCCACACCGCAUGUUGGGCAUUUGCGAUAUCUCAGCAGAUCCCGGCGGUUCCAUCGAAUUCAUGAACGAGUGCACCACAAUUGACACACCUUUCUGUCUAUAUGACGCGGACAGAAAUAAGGACACAAAAAGCUUUAAGGGCCCAGGCGUUUUAGUCUGCAGUAUUGAUAACAUGCCCACGCAACUGCCUAGAGAAAGUACCGAUUUCUUUGGCGAUCUGCUUAUGCCAUUUACACCUGAUAUUUUACAAUCAGACGCUUCCAAACCUUUGGACAGUCACCACUUCUCGCCCACCAUUCACGGGGCCAUCAUCGCUAGCGACGGAAAAUUGACACCUAAUUUCGAAUACAUCAGAGAUUUGCGAGAAUCAGCAAUAAGGAGCCGCCAAAAAGAGUCGGCACAAGGCAAACCUGAAAAACGAGUGGUCAUUUUUGGCGCCGGUCGAGUUGCAGCGCCUCUUGUUGAAUAUCUCCACAGAAAUCCAUCGAUAGCGAUAACUGUUGCUUGCGAAAACAAGGAGUUAAGCGACAACUUGGCAAAGACCUUCCCGGGAGUGGAAGGCGUUUAUUUAAACGCCCUCGAAAGUGUCACCGGUGUACAGGAAUUGGUUGCAAACGCAGAUGUUGCCGUUUCCAUUUUACCGAGAGAUCUUCAUCCCAUUGUCGCCAAAGCUUGUAUCCGUGAAAAGACGAACAUGGUAACUGCCAGUUAUGCGAAGGAUAAUUUAACCUGCUUACAUAAAGACGCGGUUAACGCUGGAAUUACGAUACUCAACGAGGUUGGCUUAGAUCCCGGCAUCGAUCAUCUUCUAGCACUAGAAUGUAUGCACGAAGUAAAGGCUUUGGGAGGAAAAAUCGUUUCGUUCGAAUCGUUCUGUGGUGGACUACCCGCGCCAGAAUUUAGUGACAACCCAUUACGAUAUAAAUUCUCCUGGUCACCUCGUAGUGCUUUAAUUAACACUUUGUCAGAGGCAAGGUAUAUUUCUCAUGGUGAGAAGGUCGUAAUCAACGAAGGAGGGGAACUGAUGGAAACGACGCGAUCUCUUAAUUUCCUGCCCGGGUUCAGUCUGGAAGGUUUUCCAAACGGGGAUAGUACAAAGUACGCGAAAUAUUACGACCUGCCCGACGCGAAAACGCUUUUACGUGGAACUAUACGUUACAAGGGCUUCACCGACGCAGUCCGCCAUUUGCAA